UCCAAUACAACAUGUCAUUUAUAUCAAUAACAGUUGAUCGAUCAAUUUUUAAAUUUGACGUUUUCCUGUCACAAAAACUUGAUAUUUAAAUUAACUUAACUUAUCUAGUUGUAAAACGCGAUCAAUCAUUUUGGGACUUAUUAAAUGAAUUCAGUUAAAACCAGUUCUUAAACAACAACAAAAAACCUCAUUUCUUAUUGUUUUGCCUUUCUUAUUACCUUUUUUCAUUAUUUAUUUUUCAAAUUCCAAACCCUUGCACAAUAAAUCCUGGAACUCGCGCAAAAUAAAAACGUCAAAGAUAUUAAUACACAAACAAACGCAUACUUAUCGAUCACUUUAUAACGGAUGGAAAUUAAUAUUAUUAUAAUUAUUCGUUAAAUAUUUUAUGCUUGAGUGUUCAAAUGGCGGAACUGUAUUUCAUAAUUAUUAAUUAUAUCUAAUUAUCUCAACGAGGUACGAAUGGCCUUAAGUGUGGAGACAUUAGGGGACGUAGCGCCCGCAUGUGUUGUCUCCGUUUUACACUCACGAUAUAGUAAAUUUUCGUUCACCAGUUUCAGUGUGCUUUUAUUUUUAAUACUAGAGUGAAUCAACUUAUUAUCAAACUUUAAAUAUGAACAUUAUCUGUUUUCUCUCGUUGGUUUUUUACUAUAUUUUAGUUUGUAAGUGAGUUAUGAGUAUGAAAAAUAUUAAGUAUUUGAAAAUGAUUAUAAUUCACUUAAAAAUUAAAAUAUCGUAAAAAGCCAAUGAGAGAACACAGAUUAUGUUCUUAACUAAAAGUUUGAUAAUAUGUCAAUUCACUAAUAUUAAAACUAAAAGCACACUAUUGAAACUGAUAAAUGUAAAGGCGUACUUGUGUAAGACGGAGACAACACAUACGGGUAUGACACUGUGACGUCUUCAAAUGUGUUUAACUCCUUAAUUUUAAACCACAUAAAAAAAAUUUUGUAUCUGUUUCGCUAAAAGAAACCGAUGAAUAGGAUACUUUAGUUUCUAAUUUGUGUUUUAUUUUGGAUCUUAUUUAUUAAUUAUUGAUUAUUAAUACCUACAUCAAAACAAGUUAUCUAUAUAUUUUCCAUUUUUAAACUAAUAUCAAUGUAUAAUAAUAUAUAUCAUUUUCCAAAUUUCAAUACAAUUUUUCAUAUUUUUUUUCUAUCUCCAAUUCGUUGUAGGUAAUCUAUUAAAUAUUGGUUUUAAAGUCAUAGUUAAUAAACGGUUUAAAAUGACUUAUAACUCGGCCUAUGAAUAUUGUAUUUCGCAAAUGAUACAAUGGAAUGGCCAAUAAUUUGAAUGUCAAAAUAUGUGUAAUUUUAGUAUUCCCUAGAGAGCAAAGAAACUUACUGUAUGCAUUCAAUAUUUAUUUAUAAUUAUUAUACAUUAUCUUGUUCCAUUUUUUGUACUUUUAAAUUAUUUAUUUCUUAACGAUCCCGUUAUUAAUUAUAUUUUUUUGUGUUUUGUCCAGUGAUUCCAGGCAUUCCUAAUUAUAUUAUUGUUUUAUAUAUAGUUCCAAAUUACCGUUAUUAAAAUGCUGAAACGCACGUACGAAUUCGUAUUGAAAUCGUUUUGAAUAUGUGUUUUUUUCACGUAUCCUUCCUAGUCAGUUGUGAGUACCGUCUGGUACCUAUAUGUAUAAGGACUGUGCCUGUGCUCGUUCGAUCGAAUUUCGAUGGUAUAAUAAUAAUAAUAUAAAAAUAAUAAUAGCGAGUUGUGUCCGUCUAUUGUGUCUUGUAUUUUUGUACGGUUUAAAAAAAAAAAAUGUUUUCAUAUUUUCUUCUUUUGGCCGAUCGGUCGACGACGUGUACGUCGUUGCUACUCGCUAAUGGUGUUUCGGCGCGACCGUGCGAACUUGCCAUGAAAAAAAAACAUGUAUUAAAUAAUCACGGUCCAGAGAACGCGUUUAAAUGACAUAUUAUUAACCAUAAGGCUGGCAACACACGGGCGAUAUUUUACCGCACGACAUUUUUACCGCGCCGUAUUGUUACGGCGCGUUUUGUUAAAAUGCAUUAAAAUGAAUAGAGCACAACACACGAGUGUCCCGCCGUAAAAAUAAGGCGCGUCAUUUCGAAAACUGUCGCGUGCACCUUGACUAUACCGUGCGUUAAAAAUAGCGCGCGAUAAGUAUUUUCCGUUCAUAUGCACUAAAAUAAAUGAGCGGCAUCACAUGGGCCGUAAUAAUCGCGCGAUAAUUAAAUAGUUUGUCACUUGCCUGUUGUUGAUCGUAGUAGUCAUACUUGUGCUUGUGCUGUUCAAUAUGUCUUCAACAGAUGAAGAAAUUCAGGUUCUUGACGAAGAUAUUUUGGAUGUUGAUCUUUUGAUAACAUUAGUAGAGGAAAAUCCGUUAUUAUGGGAUAAGACAUUAGAUUCAUACUCGGACAGAAACGAAAAAAGGAAAUGCUGGAAAGACAUAUUUUGUAAAAUAAAACCAGGGUUUGAAGAGAUGGAUAUAAAGGAUCAAAAAAUUAUAGGAGAUAACAUCGAGAAAAAGUGGAAACACAUUAAAGAUGCGUACUUUAGAUCGAUUAAAGAGAAUAAACCAAAAUCUGGAGAUAGAGCGAAGAAAAAAAAAAAAUAUAUCUACCAUGACCAACUGGGAUUUCUUAUAAAAACUGUUCAACCUAGACCAACCACAAGCUCUUUAGAAAUACAACCAGAAAAUGUUGAUGAAUCACAAAUAAUUGAUUCUUCGGCUGAACCUCCUAUGCAACAUGUAGAAUUGUGUUCUAAUCGAACCAAAAAAAAAACUAAAAAUGUUGAGGAUAAAUUCAUGGAGUACUUGGAAGAAGCAACAAAACAAAAGAGCCAAAGUCAGAAUGUGAUUCAAGAAAAAGACGAACAUGAGAAAUUUUUUGAUUCGUUGCUUUCUAUUGUCAGACAAUUUGAUGAUGAUCAAAGUUUGAUGUUUAGAGCAGAAGUUAUUAACGUAGUACAAAAAAUAAAAAAUGGCUCCACCUACUCUUCGGUUCAAUAUCAACAACCCCGACCAAUGCAGCAUUUUUAUGAUCCACCUCGUACCUACUACAACUAUAACUUACCAUCUAGCGCACCUUCUUUUAGCUCAUCUUCCUCAUCGCCUCAAGUUUUUUUCCAACCCGAUACAUUUACAGACGAUCAAACAUUUACGAAUGGACCAAACAUGAGUUAAUUUAAAUUUAAGGGUUGCAUUUU